GUGGAGAAGCAGAAGUCAAAGAGGUGGAAAAGCAAGACCACUGACUCAAGACUUUCCUCCGAACUGGAUCGCCUCCUCGUGGGCGACGACGCCUCAGAGAGCACUUCAUAUGGGGAAUCGCCCAUAGCGUACAAGGUUCAACAUCCCUUGCGAGCCGCUCUGCAGAGUCUUCCCGGCUUUGCGUUCGGCGAAGAGCUGGACAGCGUCAUAUUUGGAAAGCAUCGCCGCGUCUUGUUUGGCCUCGCGGAUAUCAUGGAGCAAAGCGGACGUGACGCAAUCAAAGUUUGGCUUGAAGAGUUCCUCUUGCUUGCUUUUCAGACGAUAGAAAACAUUGUCGCACGCCAUCCGCAGUUCAACGAUAUGGACGACGUUCCGAUGGGCUUUGUUAUCCUAGCCAGAGAGAUGGAGUCGACUUCUGACAAGUCACCGGCAUCUCGAACCUUUUCGCGAGCACGGAGAACCAUGGAGAGACGGCUUCGUCAAAGCUACGACUUGCGAAGGCUCAUUGAGUGGGUCAUCGACGCUCGUCAACAAUUUCUAGAGUCGAAGCCCAAGCCCAUGCCUGGGUUUGGGGUCUUUGGACAGGCUGUGGUGGAGGAGGGUACGGAGCUCGAGAAGAGGCUAUGGGCAGCUGUUGAUGCGCAGACGACUGGUACA